AUGUCUUACAGGAAUCAGGAUAAUAAUUUAUAUGUUCCUACGACUGGUGGGAGGAACAACCCGAAGCAUAUUCAUGUAGCUCACAGGAGGUCUCAGAGUGAAUUGACAAGUUUAAUGAUUGAGCAGUUCACCCUACAAAAGCAGUUGGAGAUGGUGCAGGCACAGCAACAACAAUUGCUUGCCCAACAACAUCAGUUGGCUCAGCAGACAGGUCAAAUGCUGGGUCAACCCAACAACACCGGUGGUGGUGCUGGAGGUAAUGGUACUUUCUUGCCACCUCAGCCACACUACAAUGGAAAUCCAGGUAGUGGACCCAGUAAUAGUUCUUCAAGUGGGUCUGGAUACAGAAGUAGAUCUCACUCUAGAAACAAUUCCGGAUAUUAUGAUAACACUAGUGGUGGUGGAAGUUCAGCAGGAAAUACCCAUAAGAAAACAAGUUCACAAUCUAGCAUAUAUGGACAUGCAAGGAGACAUUCCCUAGGUCUGAAUGAAGCAAAGAAAGCCGCGGCUGAAGAACAGGCAAAGAGAAAUGGUGAAGUUGGUGCACCUGGUGAUGUUAGUGGCUCCAGUGCUCCCGGUGUGACUGUAAAAAUUGAUAAUGUUUCUUCACCAUUAGUCUCAAGUUCAUCUACCAAUGAUACUGGUGAUGGUGAUAUUUAUGGUAGAACUCAAUCAAGUUUUAAGUUCCCAUCUCAAAGUGCACAUCGUCGUACUAAUUCUAACCAAGCUUCCUUCAAAUUCCCAGCUCCCCCUGUAAAUCAGAAGGAGAAUGAAUUCGAUGAUUUUGUUCCUACGUCAUCUACUCAUCGUCGUUCAAGGUCCAAAAAUAACGAUUUUUCCGCAGGGAUCAAUUCCAAUUGGAGGAACCAAAGCCAACAACCAUCACCUUUCCAUCAUCGUUCUUCUAAUUCAAGAGAUUUUGGCAGCAAUACCAGUAACAGCAACAACACUUUUAAUGGCCUAGAGCCACCACCAUCAUUCCAAGCAGGUCAUAAGCAUCGUUCUUCUAAUACUUCCAUUCAUAGUUUUAAUUCUUCCCACAAUGGUAAUAACCCUAACGCUCGAAAAUCACUUUUUGCACCAUAUUUGCCACAGGCUAAUAUUCCUGAUCUAAUUCAAGAAGGUAGAUUAGUUGCUGGUAUCUUACGUGUCAACAAGAAGAACAGAUCUGACGCUUGGGUUUCUACUGAAGGUGUCUUAGAUGCAGAUGUUUACAUUUGUGGUUCUAAAGAUCGUAAUAGAGCUUUGGAAGGAGAUUUAGUCGCCGUAGAAUUGUUAGUGGUGGAUGACGUUUGGGAUUCAAAGAAAGAAAAAGAGGAAAAAAAGAGAAGAAAAGAUGCCUCUAUUCAACAUGAUAUUAUCCCAUUGAAUAGUAAUGAUGAUUACCAUAACGAUGCAAGUGCCACAGCAUCUACAACUUCCAAUACAGUCAUGGCUUCUUCUACUUCUGCUGGUGGUGAUGAGACCAGUGUCAAGUCAAAUACCGCCAACAGUGUGGAAAGUGAAGAACAGUCACCUACCAAGCCGGGUGUUAAGAGAAGAGGUUCUUUGAAGCAACGUCCUACUCAGAAGAAGAAUGACGAUGUGGAGGUUGAAGGUCAAUCACUAUUAUUAGUGGAAGAAGAAGAGAUUAAUGAUGAUUUUAAACCUCUCUAUGCAGGCCAUGUGAUCGCUGUUUUAGAUCGUAUUCCUGGUCAGUUGUUUAGUGGUACUUUAGGGUUGUUGAGACCAUCUCAACAAGCACACAAUGAUAACAAUAACAAUAACAAUAACAAUAACAAUAACAAUAACAAUAACAAUAACAAUAACAAACAAGCCCAGAGUCCCAAAAUUGUUUGGUUUAAACCUACUGAUAAGAAGGUACCUUUAAUUGCUAUCCCCACUGAACUGGCACCUAAGGACUUUGUCGAAAACGCUGAUAAAUAUGCCGAUAAAUUAUUUGUGGCUUCGAUCAAACGUUGGCCUAUCACUUCUCUACAUCCCUUUGGUGUAUUGGUUUCUGAGCUCGGUGAGAUCAAUGACCCCAACACUGAGAUUGAUUCUAUCUUGAGGGAUAACAACUUUUUGUCUAACGAAUACCAAGAUGCUAAGGACCCCACUUUGGAAAAAAGUGUUUUCCAAGCAUUACCCAUUCCACAGGAGGAGUUGGCUACUAGAAAACGGUUUACCGAACAAGUGGUGGCAUUGGCUGAUAGACCGGCAUUAUCUGAUUUUGCAAUUCACAUCAAAAGAGGACCUGAUACCAUCGAGCUGGGCUGUCAUGUGGUUGAUGCAACUGCUCACAUUGAAGAAGGUUCCUCUUUGGAUAGAAGAGCUAGGAAGAGGUCUACCGCAGUGUUCAUGCCUCAAAAAGUAGUUGAUCUUUUGCCUCAAGCAUUGAACAAGUCAUUAACUUUGGAGGCAGGUAAGACUUCUGCUACUCUAUCUGUGGUUUACACUUUAGACGCCAGGACUCUGAAAUUGAGAAGUACAUGGGUUGGUGAGUCUGUUGUGCUGCCCUCUGCUAUCAUGAGUACUGAAGACAUCACCGACACUUUAGAAAGUAAUGAACCAGGUGGAUAUAUCUCCUUGUUGGAGCAAUUGGCGACUGCAUUUUACAAAGAGAGGAUCAGAUCUCCUGGUGCUCGCUUGUUGCCUACAUUGCCGCUUUUCAAAAGUUUAGAUGAUGAAAAGGUUAAUGUCGACUUGAACAUUUUAAACAGGUCAAUUGGAGCCGUCGUUGUGGAUGAAAUUAGAACCAAACUGGAUAACACUGUGGCAGAAAAGAUCUAUACGAGAUUAGGUGGAUUGGCUUUCUUAAGAAGACAAGUUCCACCGGUUCAUACUAAGAUGGCUUCUUUCAAAAAGAGAGUACAAAAAUUGGGAUACGAUUUGGACAUUACCACACCAGAUUCUUUGAUCCAAUCAAUUUUGGAAAUUGAAAAUGACGAUGUUAGGAGCGGUGUUGAAAUUUUGUUGUUCAAGACAAUGUCGAGAGCUAGAUAUUUCAUUGCCGGUAAAGUGGAUCCUGAUCAGUAUGGAAACUAUGCAUUGAACUUACCAUUAUACACACAUUUUUCUGCUCCUUUGAGAAGAUAUGCAGACCAUGUGGUUCACAGACAGUUGAAAUCUGUGAUUAGAGGUGAACAGUAUCUGGAAGAUUUGGACUCUUUAAAGAUUACUUCUGAGUACUGUAACUUCAAGAAAGACUGUGCUGGACAAGCACAAGAACAAGCAGUUCAUCUUUUGCUAUGCAAAACAAUUAAUGACAUGGGUAAUCCCACUGGACAAUUGUUAACGACGGCUACUGUGUUGCAGGUCUAUGAAUCCUCUUUUGAUGUUUUCAUUCCCGAAUUUGGUAUUGAGAAGAGGGUUCAUGGUGAUCAAUUACCACUAAUUAAAGCUGAAUUUGAUCCUGGGCAUAGAGUCUUAGAACUACAUUGGCAACCGGGUGUAGACAGCGCAACUUUUGUUCCUGCUGAUGAAAAGAACCCUAAGUCUUACAGAAACUCGAUCAAGAAUAAAUUUAGAUCAGCAGCUCUGGAGAUCGCUACUAAUGAAUUUGACAAAGUUGACAACGAUGAAUCAACUGUAAGUGAGAAGUUGAGUAAGGAGUUGAAUAGAUUGCAUCUGAAAGUACCUCAACUGAGAUUACCCGAGAGAUCGGGCAGGGAUGCAUUGGAUAGUUUUGUUGCUACCACUUCAAUUAGAGUAGAAAAUGACAACUACAUUCAAGAAAUUAAAGAGUUACAACAGGUCCCAGUUCUAUUGAGAGCUGAAGUUGGUAUGGCUUUGCCCUGUCUCUCAGUGCGUGCUUUGAAUCCAUUCACAAGAAAGGAGUGA